AUGGCGGCAAUGGAGGAGCUCGAGAUACAUAGCAAGUCCUACUUUGUGCGUUGGAUCAAUGUCGGCGCAAACCAGACCAUCUCCUGGAGCAUCCAACCUCACAAGAAAUCCGUCAACUUUGGCCUCUUCAAACACCCCGGUCAAUCCAGCUUGACUUCACAAUUACCCGCCUCCGACUCACAGAGCACCGCCUCGAACGAGAACCUCCCCGCGGCCGGCGCCCGCAAUCAACCCUCUCCGGUGAUCGAGAAGUUGACCGCCAUCGGAUUGAAACAGAUCGAAUGGUAUGGGAAAUGUGAGGCCGAUCGCAUCUCACAGGGCACCUACGAUGUCCCCGCCGCAGAGGCGGGUAAUUACGCCCUCGUCUUUGACAACACUUUUUCCAAACAGAUCUCCAAGACCGUCACCUUGGUGCUCCUGAAGUAUCCCACGGGCAUGCAACCACAUGGAUCAAAGCCCUCCUCUAUCGCGCGCUCUCCCGCGGGGGGCUCGUCAGACUCCUUGCCCCAGUCUCGCACGCGCGGGCGCAGCAAGUCUACUCUGAGCGUGCAGGUGUCGGACACAUCGGUGCAUACAGGCAUCUUGCAAAAGCGUCGGCGGAAGAGACACCAGGGCUGGGCACGUCGGUACUUUUCUCUGGACUAUACUUCGUCGACCUUGUCCUACUAUCAUGACCCCAAUUCGUCCGCCCUCCGCGGUGCCAUUCCGCUCUCGCUUGCCGCUGUGGCGACCAACGAGAAGACACGGGAGAUGUCGAUCGAUUCGGGAACGGAGAUCUGGCAUCUGCGUGCGAGCAAUGACGCGGACUUUGAGGCGUGGAAGGGUGCCCUGGAGAAAGCAUCAUCAAAGGAUACGCCUCGACCAAAUGAACUCUCCGUGGCAGGCCCUGGAGCCGCAGCGAAAGCGGGUGUACCGCCGCAGCUUCGUUUGCCCAGCGCAGGGUACCCUUCGCCUGCCGAGGAGGCUGAAUGGACUCGGGUGGAGCGGCUGGUGAGCAAGGUCUCUGGCUCACGAGAUGCCGUGCGCCGGCUGGCCAGGGAUACCGAUCCCAAAUAUAUGGCCGCUCCGACUCCUUCCCCGGGCCCCGGGGAAUCACGGGGUCGAGGCCGAUCUCCCAGUCCCAACCCAGGAGCAGGAUCUGGCUCGCAGGACGCGUCGGGUCUCGAUCCCAAGCGGCCGUUCUGGAAGCGAAAAGCGAGUGGGAACUCACAAGCUAGCUCCAGACGACCAGCUGGACCCGAGCAAACCAACUCCAGUUCGUCUCAAUUGGUGGUACCCAAGUCUGAGACGAACGGGCGGCCUGCCAGUGUCCACAGCCAUACAGAAGGAGUAGAUGAAAUACACGAUCAUCUCAUGGCCGUCCUGUCCGAUCUCGACCAUGUUGUAUCCGAGUUUUCCACUCUGAUUGCGGAAAGCAAGCAGCGCCGAGCUCCCCCACGGCCUACUUUUGCUUCCCGGAAGAGUAUGGAAUCGGACAUCUCGCAAGAAUUCUUCGAUGCACCGGACGGGGGUUCACAUUCUCCGUUCUUGCGAAUUCAGGACAGUGAUGACGAGGAGGCGAGCGGGGAUCGAGUGGAGGACGCUGCGGAGAACGUGGAGGACGAUGCGCCUUCAGACAGUGAGGACGAGGCUGACACUGCCACCCUGCACGAUACCAGUACUGCAUCUCCUUUGUUCCCAGCUCGCCCUAAAUCACUCGCACCGUUACCACUGGACAAAGUCCGGCGUCGUCAGAAUAUCACCGCACCCACAGUCCUCCCUCCCAGCCUGAUUGGAUUCCUCCGCAGGAACGUGGGCAAGGAUUUAUCUACGAUAUCCAUGCCUGUGUCUGCCAACGAACCUUUGUCCCUGCUCCAGCGAGCCGCCGAGAUUCUCGAGUAUUCCACCCUUCUCGAUCAAGCUGCACAAGUCUCCGAUCCUGUCGAACGCCUCAUGUACGUCACGGCCUUUGCAAUCUCGAUGCUCUCGAGCAAUCGAGUCCGAGAACGUUCGAUCCGCAAACCCUUCAAUCCCAUGCUAGGCGAAACGUAUGAGCUGGUCCGCGAGGAUCAGGGCUUCCGCUUCAUCGCCGAGAAAGUAUCUCAUCGACCCGUGCAACUUGCGUAUCAAGCCGACAGCCGCGAAUGGAGUCUGGCCCAGUCUCCCAAACCUAGUCAAAAGUUCUGGGGCAAAUCUGCUGAAAUUACAACCGAGGGUCGCGUUCGAGUCACUCUGCAUUCAACGGGCGACCGAUUCAGCUGGGUUCCUGCCACUUCAUUCCUUCGUAAUAUCAUCGCUGGCGAGAAAUACGUCGAACCCGUCGGCGAGCUGGCCGUGACCAACGAGUCCACCGGCCAUCGGUCCAUCUCCACCUUCAAAUCUGGCGGCAUGUUCUCCGGUCGCAGCGAGGAAGUCACCACGCGCGCAGUCGAUUCUUACAACUCUCCCGUUUCGCUGGGUCUGACUGGCACAUGGCCCGCCUCGCUGAGUCUCACCCGGGACGGGAGUCCCUCCGGGAAACCCAUCUGGACCGCCGGUCCGCUCGUUCCAAACGCACCCAAACACUACGGAUUGACUGCCUUUGCCGCAGCACUCAAUGAGAUCACAUCGAUUGAGGAGGGCCAUCUGCCAGUGACUGAUUCGCGACUUCGUCCGGACCAGCGCGCCUUGGAAGAAGGGGACCUUGACCGUGCAGAGGAAGUCAAAGUACAAUUAGAAGAGGGCCAACGCGCACGUCGACGGGAGAUGGAAGCUGCCGGGCAGACGUGGACUCCUCGUUGGUUCACGAGAGUGAGCGAGGACUCGGAUGGUGGAGAGGUCGUGUGGCGAUUGAAGGGGGGCAAGGAAGGAUAUUGGGACGAGAGGGCCCGGGGAACUUGGACCGAUGUUAUUCCUGUUUUUGAGUCGUGA